AUGAUUGAUUUCGAAAUUGCCCCCCGGAGAGGAAUUCAAGACGUGUUUGGUCACCACGUUCAGAUUAAAGCAUGUUUUUUUCAUCUGACACAGAGUUCCUGGAGGAAAAUUAAUGAACUUGGAUUAAGUGCGACUUAUAAGCAAAAUGAAAACAUAAGACACUUUGUAGGAAUGGUCGAUGGGCUCGCCUUUCUACGAAUCCAAGAUGUGGAAGAAGGGAUAAUUUAUUUGUUAAAUAACAUCCCAAAUAAUGAUGACGACAUAAGAAAAUUUGUCAAUUAUUUUGAUGAAUUUUAUUGUCGUGGAAAAUUAAGAAUAGUGCCCGGCAAUAAUCCACUCACCAUACUUUUGAGGAGGACACCACCAGUAUUUCCCCCUGAACUUUGGAACAUGAAUGAAAUAACAGUUAGUGGGAAUGCUCGAACAAACAAUAUUUGCGAAGGCUGGAACAGUUCUUUUAGGAGUUUAGUGGGCCAUUCUAACCCGUCAAUUUGGACCUUACUGAGAGCUUUCCAAUUGCGAAACAUUUGCAACGAUCUGAAUAAUGAGUUUGUUACCAUACCCAUAGCUUUACAAGCGAUAGGACAUACCAUACUACUUACAAGAGAUUACGAUUACAUUUAA